AUGACUGGCACCGCUGUCACCAACGGUGUCGCCAAGAAGGCCGACACCUUCCUGUUCACCUCCGAAUCUGUCGGUGAGGGACAUCCCGACAAGAUCGCCGAUCAAGUGUCGGAUGCCAUCCUCGAUGCCUGCCUCAAAGAAGAUCCUCUCUCCAAGGUCGCUUGCGAGACUGCCACCAAGACCGGCAUGAUCAUGGUCUUCGGAGAAAUCACUACCAAAGCCCGCCUUGACUACCAGAAAAUCGUCCGUCAAACCAUCAAGGAUAUCGGCUAUGAUCACUCUGACAAGGGCUUCGACUACAAAACCUGCAACGUCCUCGUGGCCAUUGAAGAACAAUCCCCAGACAUUGCCCAGGGUCUACAUUACGAGGAGGCUCUCGAGAACCUCGGUGCUGGUGAUCAGGGUAUCAUGUUCGGCUAUGCCACUGAUGAGACUCCUGAAUUCCUUCCUCUGAGCAUCCAACUCGCACACAAGCUCAACCUUGCUUUGAAGGAGGGCCGUAACAAUGGCACGCUUCCCUGGUCGCGACCUGAUACAAAGACUCAGGUUACCGUCGAGUAUGCUCACGAUGGUGGAGCCGUGAUUCCCCUGAGAGUCGACACCGUUGUUGUUUCUGCUCAACACUCUGAAGACAUCACUACCGAGCAACUACGAAAAGAGGUUAUGGAGAAGGUCAUCAAGAAGGUCAUCCCAGCCAAGUACCUUGAUGACAAGACUGUCUACCAUAUUCAGCCUUCUGGACUCUUCAUCAUCGGUGGUCCUCAGGGUGAUGCUGGUUUGACUGGCCGAAAGAUCAUUGUUGACACCUACGGUGGUUGGGGUGCUCAUGGUGGUGGUGCUUUCUCCGGAAAGGAUUACAGCAAAGUUGAUCGAUCUGCCGCUUACCUUGCUCGAUGGAUUGCCAAGUCCCUUGUCAAGGCCAAACUCGCUCGUCGCGCUCUUGUCCAAUUGUCAUAUGCUAUUGGUGUUGCUGAGCCUCUAUCUCUCUUCGUUGAGUCGUAUGGAACCAGCGACAAGUCGAGUGCUGAGCUCGUGGAAAUCAUUCUCAAGAACUUUGACCUUCGACCUGGUGUCAUUGUCAAGGAAUUGAACUUGACUAACCCCAUCUACUGCCGAACUGCCAAGAACGGUCACUUCUCCGAUCAAUCCUUCCCCUGGGAACAACCCAAAGACUUGAAGUUCUAG